GUAAAACCUAUACGGCGACGCAGAGAUAGCCAGAUCAGCGAGAGGGUCAGUUUUGUUGUAGACUGAGAACGAACAUUGGCUGAUUUUCUAUCGUCACUUGGGUACGGUGUUGUUUGUUUUAUUCCUGCUUCAGGUUUGUCUGCCGCAUGUUUGCCUGCCGCUAGUGUGCAGUUGGCUGUUGGUGAAGUGACAGGGGUGAAGAUGGUUCCGGCUGUAAAUAGCAGCAGCGGUGCAAAGAGUAAAGACAAAAGUAAACUUAUUGGACGAGUUAAUUUUCCUCUGUGUACAAUCGAUGUCGUGUCCGAAAGACACGUGUUCGUUGCUGGUGGCGGUGGCCGUGCUAAAACAGGCGUGCCCAACAAGAUGGAAAUACUGGAAAUCGUGCCGGAGGACGCUGGAGGAUUCCGAGCAGAAACGGUCGCCUCCUAUGACGUGGGUGACGUGAUAAUGUGUUCGGCUCUCUGUCCCAUCAAAGAUUCGAGACAUCUAUUUCUUGCCGUAGGAAAGGGAGGAGUGUGCGAUUUGUAUAGACUGAGCUACACGCUGCAAAAGCAAAACAACGCAACGAGGAACGGAACUGUUUUGAAUCAUGCAUCAACGAACAAAAUUGGCGAUGGAGGCGUACGGCAACGUCAUGUUGUACAAAUGGCACAUCAGACAAAAAACCUAGGAAAUCUGGGUGGCCAAGGCGACCACAACCCGGCUAAGGAUCCAAGUGGUUGUGUGGGCAUCGGUAAUGGAGCCACUAAACUGGGCUUCGAGAUUCGUGCAGAAAGUUCGUUUCAAAGUGAUUUCAAUGACAAAGAAGAUCCGUUCCAAAGGGUAGUUCGCUUCGCUCCGAAAAAGGGGAUCCUUCUUACUGGAGGAAGCGACGGGUACUUGCGAGCGUGGAAGAGUCCGGCAUUCACAAAACAGUUUGAGGUGAAGGCCCAUGAUGGCGACAUUGAUGACAUCACAAUCUCUAUUGGAGAGGAAAGCGUUGUCAGCAUCGGUAAGGACGGAAGGGCUAUAGUUUGGAGUUUUCAAGGAGAAAAAGUAAUGGAUCUCACAGCAAAAUUGCCGGUGGAAGACAAAUAUGGAUUUCGAAAUGCCAGGUUUGGUGGCAUUGCCGAAGGCAACUCUGGUGAAUGUCGGCUAUUUGCGACGAUAAAUCCUAUGAUGCGUCGACGACCUUUGAAAGCAUCAUAUAUAGUCAAGUGGAAUCCUCAUAAAGCGUUUUCAACUGAACUUCUUAAGGUUGCUGGUGCAGAUCUCUUUUCAGCCAUGGCUAUCAGUGACGAUGGAAUCUUCUUGGCGACGGGACGUCAGUCUGGGUGCGUCGAAAUCUUUAUAGCAUUUUCACUUGAACGUCUUUACGUUUGCGAGAAAGCGCACAACGUCUUUGUAACUGGAAUGGCCUUUCUCAAAAGUGCGGGAGAGACCUGCCGGCUGACGCAAAGUGACGCUACUCUGGUCUCAAUAUCUGUUGAUAACCUGCUCAAGGCCCAUUGCAUCCCUCCUCAAUCCUCGAUGGGAGUUCUCGGGAUGAUUUGCUUCUUUAUCUGUUUUAUGGUGCUCGUGUACAUUGUCCUUGAUCUAUUCGGAUUAUAGUAAAUAUGCCACAGCUUUUGUUGUGUGAUCGGUAUUGCGUCAAUAUAUAUUAUGGCCACGCACCCUUUGUUGACCCUAAGUUUCUUAAUCAGUUUUUUGGUGGCUUAUCGGGUUGAAGACGUGAGACGCAAAUUUAACACGUUUGAUACAUUUCUAUAAGUAUGUUUAUAAAAUGCUAAAGUUGAAAUACCUUCUUAUAAAUAAAAUAAACCGUAUAUACUUCAAUUA